AUGGGUACUGAAUCGCGCGAUUGCGCUGCCAGUCGUCUGUCCGUCCUAGCCGGUCACUUGUCGCUAUCCGACGUUGGACAGGACGGCCAGUGGCUUCGUGUGAACCCCACGUCAGCGGAAGUCAGGCCCGCACCUGGCGGCGGUCCCGGCGUGCUUCACGUCGUCGACGGUCGUACCGGGAAGAAAUACGAGCUCGAGAUUAACGAGGACGGCGCCAUUCGCGCCAGCGAUUUCAAAAAGAUCAAGGCUGGGGGAGACGGCAAUGGUUUGAAGUUGUAUGAUCCGGGUUAUCUCAACACCGCACCUGUGCGGUCGGCCAUCUGCUACAUUGAUGGCGACAAGGGUAUUCUGCGAUAUCGCGGUUACCCGAUUGAGGAGCUCGCGGAGCGAAGCACACACCUUGAGACGGCCUACCUACUAAUGUACGGCAGUCUGCCGAACCAGGAGCAGCUGUCGGACUGGGAGGGGACCAUCAUGCAGCACUCCGCGCUCCCUGACGGCGUUCUGGCGGUGAUCGCGGCUCUGCCUCGGGACAGUCACCCCAUGGGUGUGCUCACAGGGGCGCUCUGCGCGCUCUCCUCCUUCCACGCCGAUGCCAACCCUGCUCUCCAGGGCCAGGACCUGUACAAGUCCAAGGCCGUUCGCAAUAAGCAGAUCGUGCGAGUUCUCGGCAAGGUGCCCACCAUAGCAGCAGCAGCGUACCUGCACAUGGCGGGGCGGCCUCCUGUGGCACCAGCAGGCCACCUGUCAUACGCUGAGAACUUCCUCUACAUGCUCGACUCCAUGGGCGACCGCUCAUACCGACCGCAUCCGCGCUUGGCGAGGGCGGUGGACAUUCUCUUCAUCCUGCAUGCCGAGCACGAGAUGAACUGCUCCACUGCCGCUGCUCGCCACCUCGCCUCCAGUGGAGUAGAUGUGUACACGGCAUUGGCAGGAGCUACGGGUGCGCUGUACGGGCCGCUGCACGGAGGGGCCAAUGAGGCAGUGCUGAAGAUGCUGAGCGAGAUAGGCAGUGCGGACAAGAUCCCCGAGUUCAUCCAGGGCGUGAAGGACCGCAAGCGCCGCAUGUCGGGGUUUGGGCACCGCGUGUACAAGAACUACGACCCGCGCGCAAAGGUCAUCCGCGGGCUGGCGGAGGAGGUGUUCUCCAUCGUGGGGCGCGACCCGCUCAUUGAGGUGGCAGUGGCGUUGGAGCAGGCAGCCCUGUCGGACGAGUAUUUCAUCAAGCGCAAGCUCUACCCCAACGUGGACUUCUACUCCGGCCUCAUCUACCGUGCGCUGGGCUUCCCAACGGAGUUCUUCCCGGUGCUCUUUGCCAUUCCGCGCAUGGUGGGGUACCUGGCGCACUGGAAGGAGUCCCUUGAUGACCCCGACACGCGCAUCAUGCGCCCUCAGGAGGUGGGUUGCUGCGGGCAUCAUGCCCUCUCAGGAGGUACCCUGCCCUCUCAGGAGGUAUCAUGCGCCCAUGGCAGGUGUGCUACUGCUGAAGUGAUGUUACAGAGCCUGUUCCUGCAGCAGAGAUAG